GUUUUCUUCUCAAUGAACCUCCAGACUUCGACACUGUGUCUCGCCCAAAGGUCCCAACAACUCUCCAACCGACACCGACUGCGGAAUACGGCGGCGAUACUUGCCAGCAAGGGCGCGGAACGGUGGAAGCGAGGCAAAAAGCGAGUGGAACCUAACCCAAGAGGAACCAAGCUAGUUAGACUUGACGAUACACGAGAAAAUCCAUCUUUCAGGUCCUGUCUUUCCUGGACGGACCUCGUCUCCUCAUGGUUGUACACGACACUACACCAAUACUAGCAGAAGGAUGCUGAAGCCAUCGGCUCUGCGGUGGCGUGGUCUCCGCCUGUUUUAUUGCUCCUCACUGCUCACGAUGGCGAUGUGGCUAUGACUUUUUUCACUUUGACCACAUCAGUCCUCUCAUUCUCCUGGACCCCAUGACGAAACUCGGCAACCCUGCUCCUCUGGCCCGAACGCCUGGUUUGCCGUGAACUGAACGUUGGCCGGCUCCGAUGUGUCUCGGCACCCUACAGGCUCGACACACCGUGACUCUCUAUCUCCACAGUUGGACAACAGCGAGAACCGGGCAUGAUCUGUCUCAAUGGAUCCAACCUUUUCGGUCUUCCAUUCCACCACUAUUCUAUUCUGAUAUCGACCCAUCAUCCCUGGAUCAUGCCCUUCUUCCACCAUGAAAGCCAUUUUCCAUAAGAGCUAACCAGAUACGGAACUCUCGGUCGUGCUUGUCGUUCAAAUCUUGAGCAGCGUGUGCCACCCGACUCCUCUUCUCAGCCAGCCUCUGUCUGCUGCUUUGUCCAAACUACCGGCAUCCGCUCUGUAUUUGGCAAUAAUCCAGGCUAUUAUACAUGUUACUACCAACCUGAAAUCCUUGAUCAAGAGAUGUGAGCGCUAUUCUGGUCAUGCAUGAUAUCGCCUCAUAAUCCCCAGUCCCUAUUAGUCUUAGUCUCCAGCCCGGGUCCUGUUUGGAGUUUGAUAGCCAGCUGCCCCUUUCAUAUCCACGCUCGCCACGAUCCCAUCCCGAUCCACCAUCUCUAACCGGUUAUGCUACCAAGAUUCACAGACCAUUGAAAGUUGCCUUGAGCUGUGUUUCUCUCCCGUCGCCCUCUAGUGUGCUCACAAAGGCACACUAGUCCUGCCGCCACCGCUCAUGUUCAAGUACCCACGGCAGCCACAUUCAUAAAUGCCGGGCGUCGUGAACGAUCAAAGGCGCUGCAAACCAGAUCUAUCUUUCCCAGUUCGGUCUAUUCACUGCUUCCGGGCAACUGACCAGUCUUUAUGUCACCAGUGGUAUAGACUUGGCUCCACACCGCAAGAAUCACGGUGGGACGAAGAGGUUCUUCGACGUCAAAGCGCUUUCCCCAAGUGUCAAGUGCUUCACACCAUUCAGUGUCCCAACCACGAAACUUCUCUUCCGCCCAGUCUUUCAUCCAUCCUGUGUGCCGAGGACAACAUCAUCAAUAUCAACCACAUUUCCGAAUUCACUAACAUGCAACUCGACGCCUUCGUAUCGAGGACGAGCGGCCUGCUCUCCCGGAUAGCAACUUCCGCCAACUUCUCCCUCCAGUCUGAUCAGGCCACCUUUAACCGGGCCCUAGUCUCAUGGCUCAAAGACCCCGACUCCAACCUACCCAGCGGCCACAUCAUUGGCCUCUGCUGCUCCAGUCUUCUGUCUAUCUGGUUCCCAGACGAAUCCAGAGGCAACGACCUCAUCCCCGAGUUCCGCCGCUUCGUACUGGCAGUCUCUCUAGCACACCACGGACGGAGGAACAGCAACAGGAGCAAGCUACAUCAAAAGCACGAGCAUUGCGCGCGCCACGAGUCCCGAUCUCAUCUAAUCAAGAGGCUCGAUGGCAUCCUCACCCCCCAAUAUCUCUCUAACUGUUCCCCAGAAUCUUGCCAGGUCCUCUUCCAUCUGGUGCUCGGAGUUAUUCUGGAUAUAGGACAUUCACCAUGGCAUACCACCAAUUCCUGCGACUACUCGUCGUCGUCGUUGACUGCCCCAUCAAAUCUCCUCAGCCCCGAGUGCCAGCAGAGUCCAACACUAUGGCUGUCCACCAAGAACCAACUGGUCCGCACGCUCGCCCAAGAUCUUGUUUUCUUGGGAUCCAGCAAACUGGGAAUCAAACUCGAGGGAAAACCGGAUCUAGAGAAGCUCAUUAUCGGCACGGCGAUCAGCAGGUGGAACGAGAUGGAAUCACGCAUCUGGGCUGAUAGCAUCACUGAGAAGGCCGCAACAGGGCAAGAACCACAAUCACCAACAUCGUCAGCGAGCCCCGCAAGCAAGUCCUCCAGCUGCGAAAGGGAAAGACGACACUCUUCUUCACCAACCGACAACGACAAUAACCUAGACCGAAACCCACCCUACUGGGAAGAUCCACCACCCACUCCUCCUCCGCCCACCGUUGAGCCGACGCUCAUUCCCGUGAUGCCCCCAUAUCAUCAGCAUCUUACCGCACCUCACACCCAAAUUCAGAGCCAAUUCCAAACAGCAGCAGCGCGCAUCUCGUUUUGGUCGGAGAACCCGGCCUCGUACUUGGAAAUGACGGAUGAGCCCGAGAGCUAUUACCUUGCUACUGCGAACGAGCAUAACAAGAGGGAGAGAGCAGAACCACCACCGACAGCGAUGCCGAUGACGACGGGAAUACCGAGGUCAACGACUGAUCCGUUUCCUUUGAGGAGUACGAUUGAGGAUCUUGGUUCAUGGCGAAAAGUCAAGAGGCGAACGAUGUGGGUAGUACGGACGAUUGAUGCAGGUGAUCAAGGACAGAUAAGCAUUCAUGCUCGGUUACGGGGGAGGGAAGUCAAUGAUUUUGGGGUGUAUGUGUAAGAGAUAGAGGAGAAAAAAAAAAAGGGGGGGGGGGGGGAGGAGAAGAGUUGCUGGAUAGGUUUUGUUUGAUAAUGAUGAUAAUGAAUAAUGAGACGACGAACCGGCCAUUCAGUCUUGUCAUUUGACUAUGAACAAGAAGAUGGAUGAUGUUGAACCGGUUGCCAAAUGCAAAAAAGAUUG